UCAGUUAUUCACCAAUGAACACCAUGACUGGAAGACUUUUGCUGGGGCUUCUGAUCAUCUGUGUUGCAGCAGUUCCUGCGCACAACAGUGACGACAUCAGAAAGGCUGUUUGUGCUGAUCCAAGGUUCUGGACAUGCACAAAUAAUGUGUAUCCUGUUUGCGGCAGCAAUGGAAUCACUUAUGCCAAUGAGUGUCUCCUCUGCAACRAUGGGCGUAAAUUCAAAGAUAAAAUCUUGGUAAUCAAAGAGGAACGCUGCUGACCUGUAUGGUUGAAAAAUUCAACACGAUGAAGCAGCCCAGAAAAAUGAUAUCCACUGUUGUCUCAUUGUAAUAAAGUCUAAGUUUGAUCAACCUGUCA